AUGGCAACAGAGAAAAAAGGUGACGCCAGUUGUCCGAUCAAAGUUGUAGUAGUUGGCGAUGGUACCGUCGGUAAAACAUGUCUUCUAAUUAGUUACAUAAAAAAUAGUUUCCCACGAACUUACCUUCCCACUGUCUUCGAUAACUACCUCACCACAGUCAAGUUCAAAAAGCAAAACAUAUCGAUGGAGCUUUGGGAUACCGCUGGGCAGGAAGAGUUCGACCGUAUCCGUCCACUCUCAUACAAAGACACAGACGUCUUCAUCCUCUGUUUCGCUGUCGACAAUGAUAGGUCGAUUAAAAAUCUGACGUCCAAGUGGGUGCCUGAGGUCAAACACCACUGUGCAAGCGGGAAGCUACUCGUUGUUGGAACAAAAACAGACUUGAGAAGCAGUGCUGAGCACCAACUCAAACUACAACAGAGCGGCGGAUCGUUUGUGACUGCGGCCGAAGGUGAGGAGCUUGCGACGAAAAUAGGGGCGAUCGGGUUUUGUGAAUGUUCUGCGCUGACACAGGACGGAUUGCACGAGGUGUUCAAUAAAGCAAUAGAGGCCACUUUAAAUAUAAAAGACGUAAAAGAGAAGAAAAUUUGUUGCUUGCUCUAA